AUGACUGCCCUAACACAAGGCGGCGCUACCUACGAGGCAGAACACGUGCACUCUGUAUACGAAGAAAUCGCGUCACAUUUUUCGUCGACUCGCUACAAGCCAUGGCCGAUUGUCGAACGCUUUCUCAAAGAGCAGAAGGAUGGUGCGAUUGGCGCAGAUGUAGGAUGUGGCAAUGGGAAAUAUUUAGCCGUGAAUGAUAAAGUCUGGAUUGUGGGGAGUGAUCGGUCAACAAAUCUCGUCAAAAUCGCAAAGCAGCACGAGCCACAUGACGUAGUGGUGGCAGAUAAUCUUUCGCUGCCGCAUCCAAACGGUGUGUUUGACUUUGCGAUUUCGAUCGCAGUGGUACAUCAUCUGUCUACGCCAGCACGAAGAGUGGAAGCGGUAAGAUGCAUCCUCGAUCUGCUGCGACGGCCGUCAUCGUCACCACGCACUGGCGCUCAACAGGAGCACAAGAACGAAGAGGUUGGAGGGCGAGCAUUAAUCUAUGUCUGGGCCUUGGAGCAAAAAGAUAGUAGACGGGGCUGGGACGAGGGGCACGAGCAGGAUGUCAUGGUGCCGUGGGUGUUGAAGCACAAGAAGGAAAAAGAGGCAAAGCGCAAAAAGAAAAAGAGCGACGUCGGCGGUGAGGAAAGUGUAAGAGAGGAGGAAAAGCCAGAGGGCGAUAGGACCUUCCUAAGGUACUACCACUUGUAUCGCAAGGGAGAGUUGGAGAAUGACAUUGAGGAGGCUGGUGGAGUUGUGCUAGAGUAUGGGUAUGAAAAAGAUAAUUGGUGGGCUAUUGCGACGUUGAGUUGA